AUGAAUGACGAUGAAAAGGCAAGAAUUGCUAGAAGAAAGGCCAAGUUUUCCGAACAACGACGUCAAGAGUUGUUAGACGAUCCAUUGAAGGAUAAAAGCUUGCUCAGCCGGUCUACAGCGGAUAACGAAACAACAGUUAUGAUGAGAUUGAAGACUAACCAGACCGUAAGAGACCAAAUGUUUGUUCAGAUUCAAGAGCUAGCUCGUUCUGGGAACUCCGAUGAUGAAGUGAUAGAACAUGGAUUGCGUAAAUUAAGGGAAAUCAUCGUAAGUAUCUACCACAGCGAAAAACGUAAUGAUGAAUUCAUGAAUUCGGUUAAAAAUGUCUACAUAUAUUCUAUUGAGUUUUACCUCGGGAGACGCCCAGUGAACUGGACUAAACUCGUAAAUAUUCUCGAGGCAUUCGUACGGAAAGUCUCCGGAGUAUUAGAAUGUAAAGAACAUGGUUCCGCACUUGUGCUAUACGAAGCUAUCGAACAGCAGCAAUACGGUAGAAGUUUACAAAUAAUACAAGGCCAUGAGAAACAGAUAUGGGACCCGGUACUAUGCCGAUUGAUCGUAAAAUCAUGCGCUACAGACAACUUCCAUCUAUGGUUCUACGCAUUAUCGAAACUAGAUGAUAAAACAUUCCUAUACAAGUUCCUCAUCACACUCCCCUAUCAUGAACAGGCAGUUCACACCGUGUUAAACAUAAUCUCACGCUCUUAUCAUCAACUGACCUUGGCCCACAUCACGGAAUUCUGGUUCCAAUCGGUACCAAUUGCCCAUCUUAAAGAUGUGAUCUCAUCACGAUGGACUGUCAAUGAAUUAAACCAUGGCAGCAUCGUCAAAUUCAGGAAAUAA